AUGGAGGAUCCUGUAGGGAUGUCGAGGGGUAGGGUUUCAUUCGAAGAUUUCGCCACGGCAAAGAGGAUAGGUGAGAGAACACAAGAUGAGCUCGAAGCCGACGAUUACUUUUCUGCCGACGGGCGCAAUGGCAGUGUACAAAGUGGUAUAUCCCCUACCUGGGGUGGACUGUCUAUCAAGAUACCGCCAUCCCAGAUGAAGACGGAUAUGGCCUUCACUGCCUUGCAAUAUUUGCCCAUGCCAGUCUUAGUUCUGUCCAGCGCCAAGACUGUUGUCCUGGCUAAUGAGGCCAUGGGUCGCCUGUUCGGGGUUGAGAUCAAUGCGUUGAGCGAGGAGGCUGCGGACGAGGAGACUGAAGUGGAAAGCUUGGCGCGCACUGCUACUAUGGAAAUCAGGAGUGCGACAGACGUGCUAUACGGGACUACGUUGGCACAGCUCGGGGUGGAUAUGCUACAGAACGGUAAUGCUGUCUUUAUGGCAUGGGAGGAUACUCUCGAAUCCAUUGUCGACGAUGCCUCGAGGGCACAGACCAGUAGUACUCAACUCAACACCCAUCACAAGCGUAAAGGCAGGGACAGGGAGCCUCUCGAACGUAGACGACCCUCGUCGCGAGCCUCAUCCACACGUAUGAGUCAGUCUGGCGCGUCUCGGACUGAAGUACACGACGCCAUCAUCGACGUCGUCUUCUCUACUGAUCGCGAUCCCACCACUGGCUUGCCACAGACAAGCCGACACGAUGUUUCGUGUCACGUGCAGGCUACCAUGAUAGUGUCUGUGUGGGCGACCGAGGACGAGCAAUAUUUUACUCUUACAUUCACCGCUGCGCAUACGGAACAGCCACAGCUAAACGCACCCAGGACAACUUCUCGUACUGUCGCCAGAACGCCUACCUCGUUCACAGCACAAUCUAUCGCAUCAGGCUUGGAUUCAAACUCGAGCUCCGGCUCUUCUGGCCAACGGAAGUCGCAAAGCACAAGCACUACUCCCACUACACACUCAGCGCUCGCCAGUCCGCACUCGAAGCCGCUUCUGGAUUACCCGCCUCGAGGACCGCCUUCGAAGACCACCUCAGCGUCUGCUCCGUCAGUCUUCAGCAAGACCAACAGGCUGAAAGACGCCAUUCUCAACUCCAUGUCCAUACCAGCGUAUGCGCUAUGGAAAGACGAAAGCUUUGGUCUACCUAACAAAGCAGCCAUCAAGCUGAUAUACCCGUGGCUAGAAGAUGGCCAAUUUGACAGCAAUGAGCAAGCGCGCGACUUUCUGUCCAGAUACGUGCUUUACAAAGAGGACUUUUCGGAUGAGAUACCACUUGAGGACUUCCCUAUCAUGAAGCUUAUGCGAGAGCAGCAGAGCUUUGAGCAUUAUCGAGUUGGCAUGUACAGUGCUAAAGACGGCAGCCGUCUACUAUUCGAUGUCUCUGGGCAAGCCAUGCUAGAUGAGAAAGGCGAGUUUCUGGGUGGUCUGGUUCUUUUCCAUGAUGUCACGGAGUUCACAACGACCAUAAAACGACAGCAGAAAGUGAAUGAAGAACAGUUUGAGGAUAUUUGUAAUAUGAUACCUCAGAUGAUCUGGCGUACGGAUGAGGAAGGGAACCACGAUUAUUACAGCGACCGGUGGUACUCAUAUACUGGAUUGACAGAGGAGCAGAGCCAUGGCCUGGGUUGGCUGAAUGCUUUCCAUCCUGAUGAUCUGGAAGUGGCGAAGCCGCGGUGGGCGCAUAGUCUGGCUACUGGAGACGAGUAUCGGACUGAAUACCGCUGCAUGAGUGCGCAAGGAGAAUGGCGGUGGAUGUUGGGCCGUGCUGUCCCGAUGAGGGACGAGGAGGGCAAGAUCGUGAAGUGGUUCGGCACGUGCACCGAUAUUGACGAGCAAGUUAUCAUGCGCGAGCAAGCUCAUCAGAUGCGAGAGAGUCUGGAACGGGUUAUCGAGCACGCACGGAUCACACUAUGGGCUGUCAAUACCGAGACCAAGCUCACUUUGUAUGAAGGCCGGUCGAUGUACGAGCCUGCCGCUGGUGUGCCCAAGACGCAUUUCCACGGGAUGGAUCUAAAGGAUAUCUUCAUUGAGCAAGGGCGGCAGAAUGAAAUGGCACCGUACAUGGCUGCCAUUGACGACGUCAUGCAUGGUCGUGUCCCUGAUCGCACGAUCGAAGUUCCGAUUGCAUCGACCGAUACAUGGUUCAACACGCGGUUGUUCCCGCUAAUAAAGAAUGAGCGGAAAGGUGAUCUCCAAGGCGAGGCGUUCAUUGACGGCGUGGUCGGCGUCAGUCUGGACGUCACAGAUAUGAAGCAAGCUCACGAAGCACUCAAGGAGCGAGACCAGGAGAACUCCAGGCUGAUGGCGCAGAGCGUGGCGGCGAAGGAGGCGAGUAAGAUGAAGAGUCAGUUCUUGGCAAAUAUGUCUCAUGAGAUUCGUACGCCUAUUGCUGGUGUUAUUGGAAUGUCUGAGCUGCUACUGGAUGAUGAGGGUGGUGGGUUGACAAAGGAGCAGCGAGAGUGUGCUGAGAAUAUCCAGCGUAGUGCCAAUGGGCUGCUUACGGUGAUCAACGACAUCCUGGAUUUCUCAAAAGUCGAAAGCGGACGGCUUGAUAUCGAAGAAGUGCAGUUCGACUUGGCUGUGGUCAUUAGAGAUGUCAACAAGAUGUUGAGCUUCGCUGCAGAACGCAAGGGUCUGCAGUAUAUUGCGGACAUACAAGAGAUGACUUCGUGGAAAGUCAUGGGCGAUCCUGGGCGGCUACGGCAGGUCAUGACGAAUCUGCUCACGAACUCGAUCAAGUUCACUUCUGAGGGCAGCGUUACCAUGCGUGUGAGAGUGCAAAAGGAAACGGAUGACGCGGUCGAAGUACAUUUCACGGUCUGUGAUACAGGCAUAGGCAUUGAGGAGGAGGUUAGGAAGCGACUCUUCAAGCCUUUCUCACAAGCAGACAGCUCGACCGCAAGACGAUUCGGCGGUACCGGGUUAGGUCUCACCAUCAGCAAAAACCUGGUGGAGCUGAUGCAAGGUAAGAUCAACCUAGAGUCGAGACUUGGUGUUGGCACGACCGCAACGUUCUGGAUUCGGUUCAAUAAAACACCGUAUCAAAGUGGUGGACCAGUUCCUCUGGGCUCGAUACCCGAUCGGCUGGCAUCCGAGGUCUCUGUCUCGCGCCCUGCCUCCGAGACUGGACCACCUACGCCGACUACACCUGGUAAGUCAUUGGGUCGACGUGAUGGCUCGACAUCUGCCUACAUGAGCGGCUUGUCUCCUUGGCCAGUAGAUGAGCCCUUACCAGAAUUGAACGCCCAGGACCGCAAGAAUUGUCAGGUCUUGGUCGUGGAGGACAACCCCAUCAAUCAGCAAAUUGCUCUCAAGACUGUGGCUAAGCUUGGCUUUCCCGUCAAGGCUGUCUGGAAUGGAGCAGAAUGCCUCCAGUAUCUUCAAGAGCCUGCAUCCGCCGAGUAUCCACGGCCCGACAUUAUCCUUAUGGACGUUCAAAUGCCCAUCUUGGAUGGGUACAGAGCGACGUACACGAUCCGCAAUGGGCAUCAUUUCGUGGCACAGCCUGCGAUACGUAACACGCCAAUCAUAGCAAUGACAGCAUCUGCGAUCCAAGGAGAUCGGGAGAAAUGUCAGAUCGCUGGCAUGGAUGACUACCUCGCCAAGCCGGUCAAGAAGCCGAACCUGGAGCGCAUGCUCGUGAAGUGGGCCAUAGAAGGCAAGCGAAAACGAGCCGAAGCUGCUGCUUCGAAUGUAAUGGGACCGGGCGAUCCGAAGAUCAAACGUCCCACGCCCAACAGGAACAAAUCGUCUUUCAUGUCCGAAGGCUCGACGGUAUCACCACAGGACCAGCUGACUUCCGAGCUAGAUCGACUGGAAACAUACCACCGCAAUGCUCUUGCGCGAUCCUCGGAAGCACCGGACGAUAUUGCCAUCCGGCGGCAGAAAGCAGAAGAGAAAGCCAUUACGUUACGAGAUGACGUUUUGCUCGAGGCUGGCGAGGAUCCAAAGACCAAGACUGGGAAGUCUCAUGGUGGGUCUGAUACUGGCCAUCCUUUGACGACCGAGAAUAUGGAAAAGUUUGGUGGUAGAGCUGCUCCCGUAGCUUCGCUGAGGCGCGACGAGUCUGGCGAUACGGAUAUGGAUAGUCUUGCUGCUACGGCGGGUGAGCAUCGAAGCCAUCUCACCACGCCUGCGCCUUCGGUAUCUAGAGGACCGGGUGAGAUGAAUCGAAGGACGGGCUAA